GCUCAGAGUCAGAAGUCAAGCUGCGUGCGACGUACGCGUGCCUUUGCAAGUCAUCUUUUCCGUUCGGUUAGCAUCAACCGAUUAAAAACGACGUUCUUCCUCGGGAGUAUGAAUCGCCACAGUGGGCGAGGCGCUCCAUAUAAAUACUUCGAAUAAGAGGAUCAUCUCGCUUCAGUUCGUCCCUUCCAAUCUAAGCGGCCCUAUUCCGGUGUUGCGCUCUGUUCAUCUUCCCCUUAUUUCUUUAAGGAGUUGAAGAAAUGUCAGGAGGGAUUGCACGAGGGCGUCUUGCAGAAGAACGCAAAGCAUGGAGGAAAAAUCAUCCUCAUGGUUUCGUGGCAAGACCAGAAACAUUACCAGAUGGUACUGUCAACCUUAUGGUGUGGCAUUGCACUAUACCUGGAAAACAAGGGACUGAGUGGGAUGGUGGUCACUACCCCUUAACACUCCAGUUUAGUGAGGACUACCCAAGCAGGCCUCCCAAGUGCAGAUUUCCACAAGGGUUCUUCCAUCCAAAUGUUUACCCCUCUGGCACUGUUUGCCUUUCAAUUCUGAACGAGGAUAGUGGUUGGAGACCUGCCAUCACUGUGAAGCAAAUUCUUGUGGGGAUACAGGAUUUACUUGAUCAGCCAAAUCCUGCUGACCCUGCUCAGAAUGAUGGAUAUCAGCUUUUUAUCCAGGAUCCUGUGGAAUACAAACAACGGGUUAGGCAGCAAGCAAAGCAGUAUCCUCAGCUGAUCUGAUAUCGUCUUUUUCGUAUAUAAACAAUGCGACUUCUGUACCUGCUCUGAUUAUGUAAACAAUGGUUUUGUUAACUAUGUAAUUGAUCCAUUUUCAACUACUCUGUAGCUAUAUAUGGAUCUUGUUCGAACUUGAUGAAUAACUGGUAGGUACUCUUUAAAACCAUGUUUAGAUAAAAUUUCCUUUUUUCAAUGCCUCAGCAAAAG